AUGUCUCCCACGCAUACGACACAUUCCACGCAUCCAUACAUCCAUCCAUCCAUCCAUCCGCGCAAAUCAACCAACCAAACAACUGAAUCUCUUGUCUCUGCCAGACUGACACCUCUCAUCGGUUUGUCAGCUCCCUUUUCGCCUCCCAUUCCGCCUUUCCAGUCUUUCCAACCCAUCACAAAUCAAGAUCUGAGAUCCCAAUUGCUGCCUGCCAUCGUCUUGUUCCACCGUUUCCCACUUUUCGCCAUCACGGCCGCAACCAUUCCCCGCCGUGUCAAACAUCCAAGACAUACCGACGCCGUUGAUGUUCCAACUCCACACUUUCCAGCUUCGCCCCCGGCCUCAUUGCGGCAUUCAUCCAAAGACAGCUCUACAUGGAAAAGAGAGGUACCUUUUGGUCUGCAGACAGAGCUACAGCCUACACAUCCGUACAGUCUUGAAAACUUAUUUACAGCUACAUGGCCAGAUGCAGCUAGUCUUUCUGCUGCUGCUCUGGCUGCUACCAUGUCUCAACCCCGGACCGAAGCUCUGAGCUGGCCGUCUACCAAGAGAGAAUGCGAGAUGGGCAGAGCAAUAGAAACUGCUUCUAUGCGUCGAAGCCAACAACCUGCACCCCCAGGCCUCAAGGUGGCAGGAAAAGAUGCACAACGUUCAAUCUCAAGCCUGCCAUAUCCCCAUGGGUUUGCUUCCGACAACCCAACCCACACGCCUGCUAGCUCAUCUCCUUUGUUCUCAUAUGCAAUGAGUGACAUGGGCAUGGCUGUUGGCCGCAACCGCUCAUUGUCGCUUCAUGCUUGA